AGGUUAUUCCGGUGUUAUUCCAACACUCUUUGGUUAACAUUUCCAGGCGUCAUUGACACAAGAGUUGAAGAAACCAAUAUUUUCUCCACGAUUUCAAUAUGAAAGUGCCUAUAAUUUAAUUUAAAAAACUGAGAAUUGAAGGAAUUUUAAAAAUGAUCUCAAAGUUUUGAAAAAGCACAUCAUUGAUAUCCUUUUGGGUCGAGUGUUUCUAAUACUGUCCGCUAGAUGUGUGCAAGCACGUUCGUUGCUGGCAGAAGCUGCUUUAGCGGUUGAAUAAGGGAAUGAGAUAUGUUUACUGGUGUAUUGGUGUUGAAUGAGAGAAGAUUGGGAAGUGUAGCGUGUGUUGAGCCCUACGUGUUAAGAAUAGGAUCAGCGUUUUAGAUCGUUGACAACACGACCGAAGGGUCCGUAUUCCAUAGAGGCUUUAAAUACACGUUGAGGCCACAAGAAGUCAUCAUGAUGACAGAAACGCAUGUGAAUUCCAAUCAUGUCUCGCUGUUACCACCGAUAAACAGCAUAAAUAAUCAAAAAAUGGACAUGGAUGUGACAGAUGAUAAAGGAUGGAAGUCAAAGCUUAAAAUUCCACCAAAGGACAGGCGGAUUCAGACAAGUGAUGUUACGGACACGAGAGGGAAUGAAUUUGAAGAAUUCUGUCUUAAACGAGAAUUGCUGAUGGGAAUAUUUGAAAAAGGGUGGGAAAAGCCCUCUCCAAUACAAGAAGCCAGUAUUCCUAUUGCACUGUCUGGUAAAGAUGUUUUGGCACGUGCCAAAAAUGGAACAGGAAAAACUGGUGCAUAUUCAAUACCUGUUCUUGAGCAAGUUGACCCCAAGAAAGAUUGCAUUCAAGCACUUAUAAUUGUGCCAACCCGAGAGUUGGCCCUUCAAACUAGUCAAAUAUGCAUAGAACUUGCAAAACACAUGAAAGUUAAAAUUAUGGUAACUACUGGUGGUACAAAUCUGAGAGAUGAUAUCAUGAGGAUUUACCAGACAGUGCACGUUGUAAUUGCGACGCCUGGUCGAAUAUUGGACCUAAUGGAUAAACACGUCGCCAACAUGGAACACUGCCGUAUGCUUGUAUUGGAUGAGGCUGACAAACUACUCUCACAAGACUUCAAAGGCAUGCUGGAUCAUGUCAUAGCACAGUUACCAUCAGAAAGGCAGAUACUGCUGUACUCCGCUACUUUCCCCCUCUCAGUGAAGCAGUUCAUGGAAAAACACUUACGGAAACCAUAUGAGAUUAACUUAAUGGAAGAACUUACCUUAAAGGGUGUCACACAGUACUACGCCUUCGUACAAGAGAGACAGAAGGUUCAUUGCCUCAACACAUUGUUUUCCAAGUUGCAGAUAAACCAGAGCAUAAUUUUUUGCAAUUCAACACAACGUGUAGAGUUGCUUGCCAAGAAAAUAACUGAAUUGGGCUAUUGUUGUUAUUACAUUCAUGCUAAAAUGGCGCAAGCACAUCGCAAUCGUGUUUUCCACGACUUCAGAGCAGGCUUGUGCAGAAAUCUUGUGUGUUCAGAUCUGUUCACAAGAGGUAUAGAUGUUCAGGCUGUGAAUGUAGUAAUAAAUUUCGAUUUCCCAAAGAUGGCCGAAACUUACUUGCACCGAAUCGGUAGGUCAGGAAGAUUUGGCCAUCUCGGAAUAGCAAUAAAUCUUAUUACUUAUGAAGAUAGAUUUGCACUACAUCGUAUUGAACAGGAACUAGGUACAGAGAUCAAACCUAUACCCAAGGUGAUUGAUCCCUCGCUGUAUGUUGCAACGAAAAUUGAAGACACUCAGGGAAUUGAUGAGUCAAAUGUGAGCAAAUAGACUCAGUUUUGAUUUCAUUUUCAGUGCCAGUAAUGUGGUAACAGUGCUGGACACUUAGAUACAAAGUGAAGUUUUUGUUUCGUUUCGUCUUUUCCCAUUGUACAUACUACAGAAUCAUUACUUCCUCAUAGUGCAGGCCGAAAUGAACUUGCGUCCUGGUGGAGGAAACAGUUUCAUUUGAAUAUUUUCCACUUUUUGUGGAAUGUGAAUAGACGGUGUGAAUUUUUGUUUAGACUUUUUAUACGAUUUAUAUAGUGUAUGACGCUAUCUACACUCGUGGAGUGACCGAAGAAAUUUCUAGAUUGUUAUUUGCUUUGUUCUCACAGUGGAUCAGUUGUAUUGCUGAACAUUCUAACGAAUAAUGAGUCAUAAUUUUUAUUUUAACUAAAUAUAUUCUGGAAUUUCCAAUUCGAUCCACUGCCAGAACUACAAAGAGUGAAUAGUUUUGUAAAUUUAUUUUUAUAUAUACAUUGUCGAUUGGCUAUGGAAAGUCUUUCAGGAGAAUGAAGCACACCAGGUGACAGCUGCUUUUUGCUAUGCAUGUAACCUAACAUCUUACCCCCGAUAACACCUUUUGGAUCUCGAUGCAUAACAUCUGUGCAGCAAAGUCAUUCUGAAUGAAAGCACACUUGAAGAAUUUUCCAUAGCCAGAUAUUGAGUGCAAAUUUUGAAAUGACUGGAUAAUCUGUCCGUUAAAAAUCAGAACUCAAAUCAUAGUGCAAGCAAUAUUGUCUUUAUUGUAGAACAAAGAUCUUUCACUUUCUGAAGAUCUUUAAUUUUGAAGGACUACUGUAUUUUCUUGUUGUGAAACGUGUAGUGUGAGACAUGUAAAUAAGUAAUAGUCUGAAAUUACGGAGAUGCAAAUGUGUGUGAAAAUGUCGCUGGAAGGAGUUUCUUUCAUUUAGUUUAUUAUAAAGCGGUUAAGUUCUUCAGUGUCAGAAAUGACACAGAUACUGCAUUGUUUGGAAUGUGUGAUUGUGCUGUGAGUAUUUGUGUAUGUGAAGAAAAAUGCUGUUCAAGAAUUCAGGGAAACUCGGAGCCUCUAAGCAAAUACGAGGUUCUAUACUGAAGCUUGAAGUGUGAGUAAUGAGUACCUGUAGAGAUCCAAAGCACACAAGGCUUCAGUGCAGCAAGCCUUAGAAAUCCAGUUACUGACCGGGGAGUGGAUUUCUGUCAAUAAGCUGCACACAAAAAAUUGAAGAUUAAUACUUCAGACACUGUGUGUCAAAUGCCUACAUACCAAAAUUACCUCUUCAGAUUUUAUCACCACAGCUUUCCUUUGCGUGUCAUUGGUUUGAUUUGUAUGAAAAGAAAAAAUUACAUAAAACUCCUCAGAAGAAUCAGAAAUCACUUUACAGAGAUUACAGUAUAUGUGCAUUACAUUGUUUUCCUUCUUCAGUUCAAUGGCCAUUGGGUAAAAAUGGGUUUCACAAAUAAAGGGCAUUUAAAAAAUUAUCAAAAUUUACUAUUUUGGCCAGGAAUUUAAAAUUUUACAUUUUGGCACAUUGGCAUAAAGAAACUUUAAAAUACAUAAAAUGUGAAGGUAUUCAAUUGGCUGCAUUUUUAGUGGAAAGAAAUCUGAAAAAUUGUCAUAUUAAAUAGCAUCUUAAUUAAAAUUUUAUUUAUUCUGUUUGUUACAAAUAAUACUUUGUUUGUCAAAUCUGAUAUUUCUCUCAAAAUGUUUGUUUUAUUUGUCAAAUCAUAAAAACUUCAAAAUCAGUUUUCUCAGAAG